UCCGGUUUGGCGGUAAAGCGUGUGUGCUGCUUUGCGAAGUACUGACGUUUCUGUGACGAAAAGAUAUCAAGUUAAUUCAUUCUCAGAACGCUUUUAGUACAACAACAAUGAGUUUACCUCUGAACCCGAAGCCUUUCCUCAACGGCCUCACCGGGAAACCCGUGAUGGUGAAGCUGAAGUGGGGUAUGGAGUAUAAGGGUUACCUGGUGUCUGUGGACGGGUACAUGAAUAUGCAGUUGGCGAACACGGAAGAGUACGUGGACGGAGCGUUGGCGGGUCAUCUCGGUGAAGUGCUGGUCAGGUGCAAUAACGUGUUGUACAUCCGAGGCGUAGAAGAAGAGGAGGAAGACGGUGAGAUGAGGGAGUGACGAAGAGGACUCGGCCCCGUUGUGUGAUUGAACUUCGUAGUUGAUGUGUGUUUGUGUUUUCACCAUGUGAAACAAAUGAGUGUUUGCGGUUAUUUUCCAAGCAGUUUUGAAACCAAUAUUCCUUUUUUUUCUUUUUACUGUAUGUGAGGCCAAUUUAAUGUUGUGACUUUGUUAUACAGACAAUAAAACUGUUAUUGUACCCUU